AUGAGAAACCAGAUGGUGAAGACUCUUCAUUCAUCACACUUAGGAAUAGUAAAGUGUAAAUCAAGAGCACGAGAAUCACUCUUCUGGCCUGGAAUGGCAUCACAGAUAGAAGAGGAAGUUUCAAGAUGUAGUAUCUGUGCUUUGAACAGUAAGCAGAAUCCGAAGGAAUCACUGAUGAUUAUCACAGAUACACCUGGAAGACCAUGGUCCAUAGUAUCUACAGACUUGUUCGAGUACAGAGGAGGACAUUAUCUUGUCACAAUCGACCACUACUCGAAAUGGCCUGAGAUAGCCAGACUGGAAAAUUUAUCCAGCACCAACACUAUCACUCACCUGAAGAGCCAAUUCUCGAAAUAUGGUAUUCCAGACCAAUUGAUAUCGGAUAAUGGACCACAGUUUUCAAGUAAAGAAUUUGUCAACUUUGCAAGAAGCUAUGGAUUUCUUCACAAGACCAGCAGCCCACACUUUGCACAAAGCAACGGACAAGCAGAACGCACCGUCCAAACUGUCAAAAAUCUUCUAAGAAAGGCUAAGGACCCUUACAAGGCAAUGCUAGCCUACAGGAACACUGCAAUUGAGGACUUAGGAUUAUCACCCGCACAAUUGUUUCUUGGCCGAAUGUUGAAAACAGACAUACCAACAGCGGAACCACUUCUACAUAACCCUAAAAUGACUCAGGAAAUCAACAUGAGACUAAAAACCAGGAAAUGGCAGCAGAAAAUCAACUUUGACAAGCAUGUCUCAAAAACACCACUCAGAGACCUCAACUCGCAUGAAAAUGUCCUGAUGAGGAAUAACAACAAAUGGUGUCCAGCAACUGUCACAGACCAUCAUGCAUCACCAAGAUCGUACAUCCUACAAGACAACAGUGGACGCAAAUUUCGCAGAAACCGAAAGCAUAUCCGUCCGACAAAAGCGCAAAUUCAUGUUGAAGAACCAGUCGAACCUUAUGUACAGGAAGAUAUACCUACCGUUCAGUCUACAGAUGAUGUUCCAGAUCAGCAAAAGUGUUCACUUACCAGCAGUCCGUGCGAUAACCCUGUCACAACCAGAUCAGGCAGAGUAAUAAAGCAGCCAGAAAGAUUCAAGGAUUGCGUGUGA